ACUACACCAGCCUCGCUUCCAAAUAGUUGUUGAUGAAUGAAUAUGGCGGAAGCUUUUCACGGCCUAGUUGAUGGUAAAGAAUACAAAUUGAAUAUCGGCUCCAGUUUUAAAAAGAGACAAAGUGAUGGUAUUUACCACGCAGUAAGAUAUGAUUUUAAACCAGCAUCAGUGGACUCAUCUAAAGCAUCAGAAUUAAUUGUUGGAUCAAAUAAUGAUGUUACUGUCAAAGUUCCUCAUAUACAGGAAUCAGGGAGCACUGUAUUCAAAGGAUCAAAAAGACCAUGUGCUAAAGACUGCGUAUUGAUUAUUGAUAAAGAUACUGGGGAGGUAACUUUAGAGAAACUUGCAUCAAACAUCCAAUUGAAGAAAAUAAGAUCAGCCAAUCACUCGAUAGCAAAAACAAUAAGCCAACCUGGGCAGCCAGUAGCAAAAGUUUCAACGAAACCGAGUGUACACAAGCAAAGAGUUGCUAGCAAAGGGGAUAAUGUGCCAGGAAAAGCAGAAACUGAACCUAACAAGGUUGAGAAUAAGCCAAAAGAAAGGAUAGCAGAAAAGCCACCUCCUACUUCUAUAAAGAAUGUGGAAGCCAUUGGUAAUGAUCUGAAGCCACCACAUAACAACGGAUCUGGAAGCCCGUCGUCGGCUGGGUCAGAUUCAGACUCGUCGUCUUCAGGGACUGAUUCGGAUUCAGACCAAGAUGAUCUAGAAACAAGGGAACAAGCCAAAGCUUUAGACAAGGCUUUAAUGCAAGAGAACAUUCAAGAAGCGGGGAAUCGAAAUUGGAUAGAUGACGAUCUCAAGCUCACAGACUCUGACAGUGACUAAUUUUAUGUUUGGUUGGUUUGGUUUUUAUAUGCAAUUCAGUUAUACUAAUUUUUAAUUUAUUGAGCAUUUUUCUCGUAAGCUAUAGUGGAAGACGAUGUCUAGAUUGAAUCGUGAAAAACUUUUAAGGUAAACUCCUUAUAGUUAAGUCUUACAGAAAUAGGCAUACAAGUGAUUUCUACCAGCCGUAUCAGCUUGAUCAUUGAAAUGUUAGAUAAGCUGAUCCCUUAGAAUUUUCAUUGCUACUGUAUGGGAUUGUAUUGUGGGAUUGAUUAGUCACUUGCUGACAAAAUGAGGCUACCUAUUAAGCAUUAAAACGAGGUGAAAAAAACGAGCGAAGGAUGUAGCAGAAACCACUUUGAUAAAGUGGUUUGUAUCAUCUUCUUCCCCAGAUUGUUGCGCAGUCCCUGUUUGUUAUUGUUAUUAUUUUAGGUUAAAGAGAAAAAUUGUAGUUAUAGAUGAAAUGUAGCAAAUUUCUUAUGGAUAUUAUAGAUGUAAUGCAGCAAUCAGUAGCAAAUUCAUUUGCAUUCAGGUUUCCGUAACGGCAUACAGAUACAAGCCACCGAAGGUCAUGGCUGUAGUGGAUGCUAAGCGUUCAAGGGGGGUUGUAUGGAUUUUACCUGAUUUUUCUUGCUCCAUUGAGGAAAAAAUUCCCGAAUGGAGCCUGGAAUGCUGUGAAUUAUGUCUGAUCAGAGAGGCUGCAGCCCCCCCCCCCUCCCUAGCCCCUAUGUCUCCUAUACCUAUGCCGAAAGUUGAAUGUACUGGUCGUAUUGUGUUUUCCGAACUGUUGCCCGAGAAGCGGCGACAUUUUUGCCCGUUUUUUAAUGAAACAACUUUAAAGUGGCUGCACCCCUAGUCUCCUUUCUCAUACGCUAGACUUGGUUAACUUCCAUAUGCCUUGCACGAACCAUUGUGGAAUGGAAAUUUUUUUUGCUUUGCGAAAUUGUUGCUACAACCAUAUAACAUGUAUGGCAGGCAGUUAUCGUUUGAUUCUAUAUUGUUUUCUGUGAUUUCGUUUUUCUCAAGAAAAUAGAGCAAGAAUCUAACAGAAUAUUUGAAAUGAUUUUCCAGUUACCAGAUAUGGAAGGCUGCUUAGAGACUCCAGUUUCCUACCAAAGGGGCUAGGGUUUUAGAAGCAGCAACACUCACUUUAGUAAGACUCUUUUACCGUGGCAAUUAGUUUUAUGUGGAUAUCGAGAAUGAUGUCAGUAUUCGUGGUUCAUAAUUAGAAAGAGAUGCACGAUACUAUUUAUGACUAUGAUAGUGAAAUGUAUUACUGUAUUAUAAAAUUAAGUUUAUGAAAUUAAUCCUAAUUGUGUUAGAAAUGUAAAUGUUUCAUAGCCAUAAGUUAUUUAGCUUGAA